AUGGGCGGCUGCUUCUCCAAGCCCAAGCCAGUGGAGCUCAAGAUCGAGGUGGUGCUGCCCGAGAAGGACCGGGGAAAGGAGGAGCUGUCCACCAGCGGCAAGGGCAGCCCCCGGGCCUACCAAGGCAACGGCGCCGCCCGCCACUUCCACGCGGACGAGCGCCUGCCCGCCCCCCACCCCCACCCUGGUGCCCAGGACUGCGUGGAGGCCGCUGUCUGCCACGUCAAGGACCUGGAGAACGGCCAGAUGCGGGAGGUGGAGCUGGGCUGGGGGAAGGUGCUGCUGGUGAAGGAUGGAGAGCUCCACGCCCUGGGCCACAAAUGUCCGCACUACGGCGCGCCCCUGGUGAAAGGAGUGCUGUCCCGUGGCCGGGUCCGCUGCCCCUGGCACGGCGCCUGCUUCAACAUCAGCACCGGGGACCUGGAGGACUUCCCGGGCCUGGACAGUCUGCACAAGUUCCAGGUGAAGAUCGAGAAAGAGAAGGUGUACAUCCGGGCCAGCAAGCAGGCCUUGCAGCUGCAGCGAAGGACAAAGGUGAUGGCCGCAUGCAUCUCACCAAGCGCCGGCCACAGCGGCAGCACCAACGUGCUGAUCGUGGGCGCAGGGGCAGCCGGCCUGGUGUGCGCGGAGACGCUGCGGCAGGAGGGCUUUUCAGACCGGAUCGUGCUGUGCACGCUGGACCGCCAUCUUCCCUACGACCGGCCCAAGCUCAGCAAGUCUCUGGACGCACAGCCGGAGCAGCUGGCCCUGAGGCCCAAGGAGUUCUUCCGAGCCCACGGCAUCGAGGUGCUCACCGAAGCCCAGGUGGUCACAGUGGACGUGAGGAACAAGAAGGCCGUGUUCAAGGAUGGCUUCAAGCUGGAGUACAGCAAGCUGCUGCUGGCGCCUGGGAGCAGCCCCAAGACCCUGAGCUGCAAAGGCAAAGACGUGGAGAACGUGUUCACCAUCCGGACGCCCGAGGACGCCAACCGCGUGGUGAGGCUGGCCCGGGGCCGCAACGCCGUGGUCGUGGGGGCCGGCUUCCUGGGGAUGGAGGUGGCUGCCUACCUGACUGAGAAGGCCCACUCGGUGUCCGUGGUGGAGGUGGAGGAGACCCCCUUCAGGAGGUUCCUGGGGGAGCGUGUCGGCCGCGCCCUCAUGAAGAUGUUUGAGAACAACCGAGUCAAGUUCUACAUGCAGACUGAGGUGUCAGAGCUGCGGGCCCAGGAGGGCAAGCUGAAGGAGGUCGUGCUGAAGAGCAGCAAGGUGGUGCGGGCCGACGUCUGUGUGGUGGGCAUCGGCGCGGUGCCUGCCACGGGUUUCCUGAGGCAGAGUGGCAUCAGUCUGGACUCCCGAGGCUUCAUCCCCGUCAACAAGAUGAUGCAGACCAGCAUCCCCGGCGUGUUUGCAGCUGGCGACGCUGUCACCUUCCCUCUGGCCUGGAGGAACAACCGCAGAGUGAACAUCCCCCACUGGCAGAUGGCUCACGCCCAGGGGCGCGUGGCGGCCCAGAACAUGCUGGCGCAGGAGGCGGAGAUCAGCACGGUGCCCUACCUGUGGACAGCCAUGUUCGGCAAGAGCCUGCGCUACGCAGGUUACGGAGACGGUUUCGACGAUGUCAUCAUCCAAGGGGAUCUGGACGAGCUCAAGUUCGUGGCUUUUUACACCAAGGGCGACGAGGUGAUCUCUGUGGCCAGCAUGAACUACGACCCCAUCGUGUCUAAGGUGGCUGAGGUUCUGGCCUCCGGCCGCACCAUCCGGAAGCGGGAAGUGGAGCUGUCUGUGCUGCUCAGCAAGACCGGUGACAUGUCCUGGCUCACAGGGAAAGGCUCCUGAGUUUGCACACAGCACGGGCUUGCUGGGGCGCCAGGGACAGAGGCUGAGCCCCGGGGGGCAAGUGCCAAGCUACAGUUCCCAGGACCCCGGGGGGCAGACCCUGAGCGCCC